AACAGAGAGUGCAUAGCAACCUGCAAGCUCCACGCUACAGAGCACAGGGUUCCUCACAAAAGCUGCAGCAUUUUAACAUCCCACCGUCUGUUUCUCCACCAAGAAAGCAACCAUGGCAUUCUUUGGUCUAACAGAGAUGGGUUACCAGGAUACUAUAAGGGAAAAGGUGGUCAACCCCACGUUUAACCCGCAGUAUGAUCCUAUGGACAAACUCCCUCCAAUCGUGGACCGAGAAAAGCUUCCCCGACCCUCCAUCAUCCCAAUUAACCAGGUGUCUGCAUACGGCGCGGGACCCCAGGGAUCGUACGUAGAAUACACCAGGCAGAGGACGAAACAUAUCAGAAACCCUAAAGGUCCACUGGCUAUAUACAGAGAUAAGACAAUCACAUCUCACGACUAUGGCUGGUGGAAUAAGGACGCUCCCCUGAAGCAGAAGGAGCCUUGGACGCAUGUGAAGAGACACGUAUUUGUAAACAGUGAAAUGACAAGAUUUGUAAAUGAAAUGAGCCUUACCAACAGGGAGUUUUCACUCUUUUAAAAGGAUUUGCAAAGCCUCUUACAAAGACAAUUUUAUCUGAUUUAUGGAAGAAAAUGUAAAGCAAGAAAACUCAAGAUCAGUACAUUUCGAUGGAUUACAAAGCAUUUGGGAUUGAAAAUAUAUUUGUUUGUGAUUUAAUUGAAGAGUAAAAUUGGAAACAAAUUGGGAAGAUGAUGAUAAAGAAAAGUCAGUGAUAUAUUUGUAUACUGUGAUUUUAUACAAUCUUAUGGCAGUGAAACUUUUAUUUUUGGACUUUUAUUCAGUGAUCAUUAUUCGACAAUCUGGAAACCAAAAACAAAAACCGCGCAAUAGGUGUUAGAAAACCUAUAUAAACUAUUUAUUAAGACUAUCAUGAGCUGAAAUUCCAGUACCAGUGGAAUGAUCUUGUCAUGUUUUGUACAAUCAGAUAAUUUAUCACCUCACAUUGUAACUUUUGAUAUUGUGGUCAACUGCCAAAUAUCGUUAUUUUAGUCACGUUUCUAAGAAGCAAUGUUUAUUUCCUAAACUUAAUGACACAUUUUGAAAAUGAAUUGUUAACUUGUUUGAAGGUAGACAUGUGUCUUAUAUUAGCGGGAGUUUCUUAACCCUAGCUGUACUGAUACUCGCAACUAUUUAGGUUAUUGUCAUACUCUUGUUGUCGACUCUUUCCCACCUUGACGUUUACGAUUGCGCCAUGGUUUUAAGCUGGAUUUUUUGUGUAAAAAGAUGUCAGAUUCAUGAAUUGGUCAUACCUGGACAGAGAACUGUGGUUGUCAACUUUGAACAGUUUGUGAGUUGUUUAAAACUGUCGCGGUGAACUUCCACUUUCAGCGUAAACUUCUACGCAUUCUGAUGGGUGCUAUUACCAAUACACUUUGUACGUACUUUACAGAGAUUGCAGUGAGUUAGGCGUGUUUUCUACUUUCGGUGUGUAAAUAAUAUUGUUAUAUGUAAAUGUGGAGGGUUUCAUGGAUAGAUAAUUCAAAUAACAAGCAAUAAAUGUAAUAUAAAAAGAAUAAUAAAUGCA